AUGGAGACGACCUUCGCGCGCACGCCCAAGCUGCACGACGAGGUGCCGGCGCUGCGCUGGAUGUACCCGUCCCAGUACGAGCGCGACUGGGCCAUCUCGUGGGAGCCGGGCUUCUGCAUGGAGUCGCUGCCCAUGGCCGUGGCGCUGUGCGCCGCCUACUGCGUGCUGUGCUUCGCCGGCCGCCGCGUCAUGCGCGACCUCAAGCCCUUCAACCUCAAAGUCCCGCUCGCGCUCUGGAACCUGGCGCUGGCCACGUUCAGCGCCAUCGGCGCCUCCAGGACGGUGCCCUUCCUCAUCAACACCGUCUACCGCCGCGGCGUGUACCACUCGGUGUGCGCGCCGCCCACGCCGCACUACGGCCACGGCCCCGUGGCGCUCUGGGUCAUGCUCUUCAUCUUCUCCAAGGUGCCGGAGCUCGUGGACACGGCCUUCAUCGUGCUGCGCAAGAAGCCGCUCAUCUUCCUGCACUGGUACCACCACAUCACCGUGCUGCUCUUCUGCUGGCACGCGUUCGCCACGCUCUCGGCUAGCGGCCUGUACUUCGUGGCCAUGAACUACUCGGUGCACGCCAUCAUGUACUUCUACUACUUCCUGACGGCGUGCGGCUACCGACCGCGCUGGGCUCGCCUCGUGACGAUCUUCCAGCUGAGCCAGAUGGGCGUGGGCGUCGCCGUGUGCGGCCUCAACGUGUACUACAUGAAGCAGGGCGCCACGUGCAGCGUGGACCCGGACAACCUCAAGUGGGGCAUCAUCAUGUACUCGAGCUACUUUGCGCUCUUCCUCAAGUUCUUCAUCGAGCGCUACCUGCUGCGCAGCGCCAAGAAGCCCGCCGCCGCUGCGGUCGCCAAGAAGACGCAGUAAGACCAGCAGAAGCCCCCAGGAUUGUACUUGAAGUAGUAGUAGUUAGCUGCCGCGCGCAGACGCAUGAUGAUAUGCUCGGUAAUAAGCUUGAUAUCCCC